AUGUCGACUCGUCAGCGAGAAAUCGUCGAUUUUGAUGGAUUGAGGACUUAUUUCUUUCCGAAUUUGGCAUUGUACGCUGUGAAUAAUGAUGAACUUUUGACAAUGAGACCGGAAAAAGCGAAUCCAGUGGCUUCGUACAUUUUCGGAGGAUCUGAAAGACGUCCGACGGAGGAGGAAAUCAUGGGGAUGUUGGUUCCGGAUAAUUGUAAUCCGGAGACCAUUUUGACGGGAAUGGACGCGUGUUUGGUGAUGGGAGGCAGAUAUUUGGCUCAAUACAAAAAGCUCGCCGAGCGCCUCUCCACGCUCAAACACUCCCACGACCUCUACGAUGUCAUCAACACUGAAAAUCACUCGAAAUUGACACUGAUCGGCCGAAAAUCUCGUCUCCAAAAGGGAAUUUCGCCGCGAAUUCUCUCGAUUAUCGUGAGAAUGAUGACAGCUGAAAUUGAGUUAUUCGAAGAGAUCUGCGAGUUGUGUUCCGAUUCGAAAUUGAAUUUGGAUUUCGACGCGUUCGUUUUGAUGAAAUUGAUGGAAUUGGGGGAUGAGGAGAACGAGGAGGAAAUGGAUAUUAUCAAGGAUAAUGUCAUCAAUGAGUUGAUGGACACUAAACCAGUGUUGGCUGAGUUAUUGAGAAACGGGCCUGCCGAUGAGUUCACCCGUCUCCUCUCCCUACCAAUCGACUCGGAAUCCGCCGGAAAGCUUGUAGAUCAAAUUGUGAAGACAGGAAUCUGGAAUUGGGACGAUGAAUGCAAUCCGCCGGUUCCAAAAUCCAAUUAUCAGCUCAUUUUUCUGUUGAUUCGUUGUCUGACGACUGGAGAUCUCCACGUGGCGAAACGAAUUCUGGAGAUGAUUCCAGUGGAAGUGAAGAAGCAGAUUUUUCCGGGACUUCAGAGAAUUCUGGUCGAGAAGACGUUGGAAUUCGCGUCGGGAAUGAUUCAGAUGUUUUUGAGUGAAAAUACCGUAUCUGAAGACUGGAAAAUGUCUGAAUCUCUCCUGGAUUCGAUGAAUUGUGUGUGGUCUCGAAUCGCCGUCACUCAAAUUCUGGAUGCUUUCAGAAAUUCCAUUUCGAGUCCCCAAAUAUUCGAUAAAUUCGUUCCAUUGAAUCCGGAAAGCUCCAUAUACCAUCAAGAUCUCGUCGAAUUGGUUCAAAAUUCUCUUCGUUUCGCCACGUGGAUUGCCAAAAACUACAGUAAUCUGGAUGAUUCGAAAUCGAUAGAACAGGAUCUUCAUUUCUUGAAAAAAUCAGAAAUUUCGAGAUAUUUGGAGACUGUGAAGAAGGCAUUGGGACACGGAGACGUCGAGAAGAGGGAUUCUGAAUCUGUGGAGACGAUGGAUUCUGGAAUUCAGGCGACGUCGUCGUUAAGCAGUGAAGAUUCAGUAGAGCGUGGCCAGCAACCCGCCAUCUCCAGAAUACAGACGCUGUGGAGUUCGAAUUCGAUCAAAAUCAAGCCGGAGUCACUGUCAUGGCCGGAUCCAUCGGAAAAGAAUAAUGAGAGAGAGGAGAAUUGGUUGGAGAAGAAUCUGGAGAAGGCGUUGUCUCCGACGUUCUUUUCAGAAGAGAAAAGAGAAGAUUUAUUCGUUUCGAAGUCACUCAGAAUUCAGACCUCAAAUCUCCAGAAUAUUCUAAAUAUUCCGACGAAAACCGAGCCAGAUUUCACUGUCCAGGUCUUGGAAGACGAUAACGACAACUCUGACAUGAAACUCAUCAAAAUCACAAGAAAUCACUACUCGAGAUCCAAUAGACAAGUGUCCGCCCAGUCGUCUUCUUCACAGUCAAUGAAUUGGCGUCAAUAA